AUGCCGUUCUCCCCGCAUUCGCGGUCGUUUAAGCGACUGCUGGUUGCCAACAGAGGUGAAAUAUCUGUGCGCAUACUCCAUGCUGCGCGAGAAUUACCUAGUCCAGUCGAAACAUUUGCUCUCUACACGUCGGACGAUCGGUCCCAUUGUGACCUAGGGCGUCCACAUCAUGCGAUUCAAAUCCCCUCAGCAUCAUCAUAUCUGGACAUCUCUUUUCUCGUCGAACUAGCCCGCAAGCACUCAAUCGAUGCUGUGCAUCCUGGGUAUGGCUUCCUUAGCGAGAGCGCGGAGUUUGCGCACCGCAUAUGGACCGAGGCCAGCGCCGUCGUGAUAGGGCCUGGGCCCGAAAACCUCGCCCGGACGGGCGAUAAACUGCAAGCAAAAAAGCUAGCACAGCAUUGUGGUGUCCCUGUUCUAGAGGCUAUGAGCGAACCGACUGCUAAUGUGGAUGAGGCGCGGGUUUUUGCAAGGCAGGUUGGAUUUCCCGUUAUGGUCAAAGCCGUGGAUGGAGGCGGUGGUCGGGGUAUUCGUCUUGUCCGCGAAGAGAAGGACUUGGACAAUAGUAUCCAGCGUGCUCUAGGUGAGUCUCCUUCACGAACAGUGUUCGUGGAAAAGGCUGCUGUGGAUGGAUUCCACCACAUUGAAAUCCAGGUAAUUGGCGAUGGCACUGGCCAGGUGCGCCACCUCUGGGAGCGAGAUUGUAGUGUGCAGCGGCGCUUUCAAAAAGUGGUCGAAUACGCACCGGCAUUGAUGUCUGAUCGUGGGCUGGUGUCUCGAGUGAUCGACUCGGCAUUGAAGAUGGCUAGUGAAAUUCGCUAUCAAUCCCUAGGCACGUUUGAGUUUCUAGUCAGUGAGAGCAAAGGAGAAUUCUACUUCUUGGAGAUCAAUCCGCGGCUGCAGGUUGAGCAUACUAUUACAGAGUCUAUCAGUGGGAUAGACCUGGUGCAGACACAGCUUCAACUAGCACAGGGAUGGACUUUCGAGGACGUUGGCCUGGGAUCUGAUGUCAAUGCCAGUGCUCCGCCGCCAGCUAAUACCUACUCAAUCCAGCUUCGGCUCUGUUCGGAAGACCCAAGCAACAAUUUCGCUUUGAGUAUUGGCAAGGUAACGGAGUUUGCUGUGCCCAGCGGCCAUGGGAUCCGUGUCGACACCAAUAUCGAUGUCUCCGGGGCGUUUCCAUUGGUCGUGGGCUCGAACUUCGACAAUCUUCUUGCCAAAAUUAUCGUCACAGCCUCCACCUGGGAGGCCACCGUCCGAAAGGCCCAGCGAGUACUAGCCGACUCGAGGAUUUCCGGUGUCAAAACGAACAUCAAUCUCCUGCGGGGCAUUGUGGCGCAUGCCGAUUUCUUAGCGAGCCGUAUCGACACGCAAUGGCUUAGCCUCAGACUAGAUGAAGCAUACCGGUUAGGCGAAAGCAUCUUCAAGACUCUGCCAAGCCAGAGUGCUCUCGGUGGCUCCUCUCAGCAGCGAAUGGCACAAGGCGGACUGCCAUCCUCAAGCAUGCUGUUCCGCAAAGGGGACGCGUGGUCCAUUACGCUGCAGCCACUCGAAAACGGGAACCCGCAACCAUCAGCCAAAGUGGCGCAUCACCUCAAGCUAUCGCGGGUCCUGCGAAAUGAAUUCCCCACCUCCCUAGCCGCUGAGAUAGAGUAUACGACUCCGUGGUCGAAAACCGCAGUUCCGUACCGAAUGCAAUUGGAUACGACGACGACGGCGGCAUCGGCAUUGGUGUCGUCGUCACACCGGCGGGGCGAUCCGAAUAAUCCAAGCCAUAUUGUGCUGCCGCUAUCGGGGAAGCUCAUCGAGGUCCUAGUCACCGAUGGGGAUGUCGUGGCGGAGAAUCAGGUCUUGGCUUUUGUGAAACAGAUGAAGAUGGAGCUAGAGGUACGGAGUCCCCGGGCUGGGACGGUGCGAUGGGUGCACGAGAUGGAAGAGGAGGAUGAGGAUGUUGCGGAGGGGAUGUUGUUGGUGGAAUUGGGUGAGACGGGGGAGAGGGAGCCGAUUAGGGGGAAGCUGUAG